GGGAAACUCGGGGAUCUUAUCAGAAGUGCCGUUGAUCUCGCGGAGUAUUCGUCCUUGAUCCAUGGUUCGGCAAUUAGGGUUUUGAAACAGUGAGACGGAAACAUCGAUCGACGUUUGCGGAUAAAAAAAAAUGGUUCGAUAGAAGCGUUUAGGCUACGCAGAGUUCCCCGUCGUACGAAGACUGUGGUUUCGCGAACGAACAAAGUGAUCCGAGGAGAUGACAGCAGAAACAUCGACUACGUCGACGGGGCUAGCCGUGGAGGAGACUUAAAUGGCUCCUUGAAGAGGACUGCCGAAACGGGGCGACGAUUUCAUGAAGCUGGAAACAAUAAUGGACGUGCCUCUUGCGAUUUUUGUUCUGCGCGAACCGCCGAGCUUCCACGCGAGACGAGGAUAAUAAUAAUCAAGGGUGGGAUUAUCGAGAGACAGGCAGGAAUUUGUGCAGGCCACCGUUAAGUUUCCUCUGUCUUUCGAACAAAGAAUACAAAUGAAGAAUUCCAUGACGAGCAGUGGACACGGGGUUGUCGUGAACGGGACGGGUGCCCCAGGUGUGGGCACCCUCUCGAGAGAAGAGAGACGUAGACGCAGAAGAGCGACGCAAAAGUAUCGAACAGCUCACGCCACACGAGAAAGGGUGAGGGUAGAGGCCUUCAAUCUAGCCUUCGCGGAGCUCCGAAAGCUGUUGCCCACACUGCCGCCAGAUAAGAAGCUCUCGAAAAUCGAGAUCCUCCGGCUGGCAAUUUGCUACAUCGCCUAUUUGAAUCACGUUCUUGACGCUUGACUCCAGUGGAAAGAAAUUCUAUUUUUACAGAGCCCGUUCCAAGCGUCGACGCGUCGACUACACACCCACAACCCUUGUACACUAAUCACGGAAUUGUUGCGUUACACUUGUGUCUCGUGAAUGAAAUCGGGCCGAGUCUGUCGUCCAAUCACGGCGCAGAACUUAGUUGUAGCUCCGUUGUAAUAUAAAAUGUUGCUAUGAAAUUAAUUUAUUAUACAUAUAUUUCUGUAACGAGAAAACAACGCGGCAAGCAACGAAGCGCACGGAAGCUCAACGAUU